ACGAAAAACCCUCAUUUGCACGAAAUGGCCAGACAUACGAUGUAACCCGAGGGCAAUUCAACAAUAAUAAUAACAAUAGAAAAGAUCAGAUCAUGUUCUUUAAUUAUUUUUGAUAUGGGUGAUUAUUCUAUUUAAAAGGCGUACGGUUUUUAAAGAGUCUUCUUGUACACUGUACUGAAAGCGAUACACAGUUCCAGUUUGCAGACGACACAAAACAUGUCUUUUAUAUUGAAAUCAAAGCUUGUAGGCAGGUUAGAGGCAGAUCAGAGUGCUUCCUUUGAUGAUAGCCAUCAAGAGGGAGAUGAAAACACUAUCUUUUGCUCAAACACCAUGAAUUUACCCACACAGAAUUAUAGGGCAGCAGAAUAUUUAGGUUUGCGAAGUGGUUAUUCUGUAUAUAGACAGACUAGUCCAGACAGGAAAAGUCCAAAAGCAUCUAAGCGGAAAUACGAUUGUCCGAUAUUUGAAAAUGAAUCUCCAAUUCAACCAUUCAGUUCACUUCCACAUCCUAAUGACUUAUUUGGGAAAAGAUCUAAGAAAGAGGGUAAGAAAAAAAGAAUUCAAGUAAAUCCUGUUAACUAUCACAGUCAGCAGCUGCAUCAAAAACAGGCUAAACUAAAUAUGACAACAAAUGAACAGCAAGGAGAUUCUGUGAAUGAUUCUAGGAUCCAUGGACGCACCCUUCAUAAAGCUUACACUGACAGCUUAUCCCGGCUGGAUUCAUCAGCACAGAAUUCAAGUACAACAGACGAUAGGAAAGAUUCAAGCAAAUCAUUUGUCUCCUCCGAUAAUGCUCAUAGUAAUUUGAAGAGGACCAUGCAGUAUGAAAACAUAAAAAGCCUGGAUCAUUUUCCUUUCAGUUUUAAGACCACCUCUAAAAUAUAUGAAGAAUGAACUGAAAUUUAAAACAUUAUGUUAAACCAUAAGACCAUUUUGUCAUUGAUAUUUGAUGUUACAGUUAAGAUUUGUUACUCUGCAAGUAUACAAACAUAUAAACAGUGCAACCUCCCUAUAGCAAUUAACUCUUCACAACAACAGUAACAAUUCAUUGUAAUUUCUUAUCAAAGUUAGAUUAAUUAAUUACUUAAUCUGUAGCAAGUUGGCAACACUCUGUCAAGCAUAACCUUUGUGUCCCACAGGUUGCUGUCCUGUUAAGGCUGUACUGUAUAUAGAUCAUGACAUGUUAUUCAGUUUUUUAAAUUGAUAUUAUGCCCUUCCAAGAGUACACGGUGAGUUUUUAAGUAAAAUUAAAAUAUCACUACAUAUUGUCAUAUUUGUUUUUAAUAAAGGUCACUUGAGCACCGGUAAUCAGUAACACCUGUGACCAACAUAAAUAUUCUUCAGAAAAAAGUCAGUAAUAUUCAGUUUAUAAAAAAAGUGGGGCAUUCUUUUUAUAUUUUAGACAGCUUCUAUAUUUUAUCCUAUACAUUCGUAAUUAUCAGUUAUUGUUUAAUUGCCAUUAAAAUAAUUUAUCAGUUCAAGUAAAGAACUAAAUUAUGUAAAAAUAAGCAUAAUGUCACUUUAAAGAUGUUGAUCUUGUGUACUGUAAGUUGUUUGAAUUGAAGUAUGGCUUUGUCUUGUUGAUCAUUUUAGAUCCUUGUCAAGUGUAUUAUUUUGCUUCAGCCAUCACUCUCCUUCGAUCCCAAAUUCCCAUGUAACAUUGAAGGAACUUGAUGAAAUUACGGUGAUCUUUGGAUGUACAAGUACUGGUAAUUUCGACAGCAUUAAUCAAGCAGGGUUACGGCCCUUAGCUUUACAAAAUAAAUCACAAAAUAUACAUAAGUUGCCUUCACAUCCAACUACAUGUAUUUCUUCAUGGGCUUGUUACUAUAUAGGAAAUAUUCAGUUGCCAUUAAAAUUUAAUGAAAAUGACAGCACAAAUUUUACGACUGAUGAUGCUUCCAAAAUAUAUGGCAAAAUUGAUCCCAAUAAAGCACAUUUUAUAUCUGCUAAAAAUCUUAAUAAAAUAUAUGAAAAAAGAAACAACAUUCUAAAAAAAGUAAUUUUAUUUUAUUUUUAUGAUCAAACUCCAUUUUUUACACGCCAACUCUCUUCUCCCAUAUUGUGAUAACAUUCAUUUAUUUAGCAAUUUUUAACUAACAUUCUGGUGGUUGAAUACUAACCAGUAUGACUUGGAUUAUCAAAUCUUGUAGAAGUAAAUCCGGCCACUUAACUGUAAUUAAAUAUGAAGUAAAAAUCGCUCUACCAUAUUAAAAGUACCCAAAUUAUCAAAAUCUGAAAAUAUCCAUUCUUCUGACCGGCUGUUACGUUUUUGAAAGCAACCAAUGGUCAAUAGGUAUUUUUACUUUUUUGACUGGUUUACUGUCAUAUUUUUUUCCAAAUUUGUUGUAACACUUGCACAUUUCAAAAUAAAGGAAUGAUGUCUGAA